CGAGCGGGAAUUUCUGGUUGGUACAGCUACUAAAACCGAAGACUUUCGCAGGUGGUUCUGGGAGCGUGGUCGGGGUUGGUGGAAGUGUGGGUCACGGAACCUUUGCCUACCGAUUUCCACCGCCGCCGGUGGGGCAGAUAGAGGCAGGAGGUAUAGCAACGGGUCGCGCUACUGCAGAAGUUGCGGCGAAUGGAGACACAGCUACAACUACUUCUGUUGCGUCGUCAGCUACAACAGGUCAACAGCAGCAACAGCAACCGAGGCAAUCCCUCUCCCACUUCCACCCGCAGAUCGCGGCGAUUUCCAAUGUGAAAAUCCAACUUUCCCCCGCCACCCCCGGCGCUCUGGCGGACUUGCAGUUUGAGUUCAAAUUAUCCAGAAACCUACCGGUGAAUGGGUCGAUUGAAUUUCUGUCCCCCUUCAAAUUCGAAUAUUUGAUGGAGUACCGGAAGGAUUUGAAUCGUUCUACGAUUCUCAAAACGUAUCCACAGGAACAAAUUUGCCGUACAUGAUGUUCGAAGUUCAAAUGCUGUUUCGGCAUGACAAUAAAGCUGUGGCUCAAUCCUAUUCAGCAUUGCACGUUUGGAGUGGUUCUUCUAUGGGAGUAAAAUUUGUGAUGCAUUUUGUACGUCGUGUGUGGGAAAUUUGUAUUGCAUAAAACGGAAUACGAGUACAUGCCGAGCUGCAUUCUGGA